AUGUCUCUGCCGGGCGACUCAUCGAGCAGCGGUGCCCGGCGCUUUCUGCGUCCGAAGAAGUUACGCUACGCAACCUUCGUCCUGCCGAGAACAGGCCAGCGACUCAAAGGCCUCGUUAAUUUACGAAACCCGUAUCCUGACCCACAUGGGAGUAACGACAAUGAUGAGCGACGGCCACUUCUCCCCAGAAAUGUCAUCGAGUGCCCCAAGAGCCUUCCAGCACGGUUCUGGUAUGGACUUCAACAUAUAUGGUCUUGGAUGCAUGAGUUCGUUUCGUCGGAGCUAGGAAUCGGCGUCUUGAAGUGCAGUCUAGCUUACCUGCUUGGAUCACUCGCAACUUUCGUUCCGGCCAUUGCGUCGUUCCUGGGCCAUCAAGAUGGCAAACAUAUGGUUGCUACCGUUACGGUCUACUUCCAUCCAGCGAGAUCGCAGGGCAGCAUGUACAAGGCUUUGAUAUGUGCCUUUCUCGCCUUCCUCUAUGCUGCCUUCAUCUCUCUCACCAGCAUGUGUGUCUCCAUGUUCUUUCAGGACACUUUGCAUAUGCUCCCUGUGGGACAUGCCCUCGUGCUCAUUGUACUGAAAAUGGUCGUAAUGGGCGUAACCAUCACUAUGGCCGUGUCUUUCCUGAUCUUCCCCAUAUCCGCACGCAAAAAGCUCCGGUCUAACUUGACUACUGUCACUGAAAGCUUGGCGACAAUGUUGGCUCUAAUAACUGAAAGCUUUCUUAGUGGCUCUGAGGAGGAACUCCAGACUGAAGAGUUCACCAGCACGGCUGCGCGCCAUAAGAAAGCAUAUGCGCAGCUGGACAAGCUUGUAAGGGAGGCCAAGCUUGAGCAUUUCGUGGCAGGCACGGAGAAGGAGUACCGGCUGGAGAAGAAGUUAGUUCGUUGGGUGCAGGACAUUACUCAUAAUAUGGGUGGUCUACGCAGUGCGGCCCAUCUGCAAUUUCAAUUGCUUAAACCAACGGAACUUGCAAAGCUACAGAGCCACGGCCCCGAAACCGGCACUAUGCCGUUGAUAAGUCCGUGGUCCCUUCAUGAAGACGGGCCGUUCCUGGAACGAAUCGAUGAGCAACCAGACGAAGAAGACAGACUUGGGGCUACUGAUAUGAAUGCCACCAAUGGUAAUCCAACGAAUUCCCUGCAUCCCGCAGAUAUAUUUGCCCUCUUUAUCAGCCAUCUCGGGCCUUCUAUGCGCUCGCUUGCGUUUACCCUCAAAGAAAUAUUCCGAGACAUCCCGUUUACUCCCGCACCUGAAUUUAGAGUUUCCGUCAACAGUCGAUACCGGACGAGUCUAGAUCGUGCGCUUGAGCUCUAUAGAGAGUCGCGCGAAGAAGCACUCAAGACUAUCUAUAGGCAACGUGAGCUCACAGGGGUACAGGAACUAGAAGUCGAAGCUGAUUUGGAAGAGGUUUCUGCAAGCUGUGGACACUUCAGUUUCUCCUUACUCGAGUUUGAGCAGCCGUUAGCUUCAACGGCCGAUGACGCAGGUGUAGCACCUCAGCGAGAUAUGGCUAGCUCACCAGAGUCAUCCCUUAGCCCGUCAACGGCCAAGAUUGAAAGAGUCACCUCUGCCGAAAAGCGUCUCGGCUAUCGUCUUUGGAGGUCACUGGGGUUCUUCCGCCGCGAUGAUACAAAGUUCGCGAUCAAAGUCGGGGCAGGUGCUGCACUAUAUGCCUUGCCAUCAUUCCUCCAAUCUACUCGGCCCUUCUAUUCCCAUUGGCGAGGUGAAUGGGGGCUCUUGUCCUACAUGUUGGUAUGUUCCAUGACGAUUGGUGCCUCCAAUACUACGGGGUAUGCACGGUUCUUGGGUACAUGCCUGGGAGCACUGUGUGCCAUUCUUUCAUGGUACGUGAGUGCAGGAAACGUGUUCGCGCUCGCCUUUCUGGGGUUGCUUAUGGCGACUUGGAACUUCUACCUCAUCAUCGUCCGCGGCCAAGGUCCAAUGGGCCGAUUUAUCAUGCUCACCUACAACCUCUCAGUGCUGUAUGCCUAUUCACUUACUCAGAAGGAAGGCAGGGACGACCAAGACGAAGGGGGCGAUAGCCCGGUCAUUACUGAAAUCGCCCUUCAUCGAGUCGCGGCUGUCUUGUCAGGCUGCGUGUGGGGUAUCAUCAUCACGCGAGUCAUAUGGCCGAUCAGCGCCCGGGAGAGAUUGAAAGAGGGCCUGAGCCUGUUAUGGCUCCGGAUGAGUCUGAUCUGGAAGCGCGGCCCUUUGUCCACAAUGGCCUUCCCCAAGGAGACUGCAGGCUUCAUGAGUCCUCGGGAGAAGUUGGAGGUGGAGCGGUUCCUGUCGCAUCUGGAGUCCCUUCAAGCCUCUGCGCGAUCUGAGUUUGAGUUGAAAAGCGCCUUCCAGGAUGCAAGCUAUGGCAAUAUUCUGCGGCGCACCCGGAGCCUGGUGGAUGCAUUUGUCGCCAUCAACUUGGAGUUGGUUAAGAACAUGACCGCAUCGGAAGGGGAACUCGCUAUACUUCGGUACACGGUCAAAGAAAGGCAACAAUUAUCCUCCCGCAUCAGCCAUCUGUUAUCUGUUAUGGCCUCCUCGAUGAAGCUGGAGUAUCCAUUGAGCGACGUCCUCCCCAGCGUGGAGCAUGCUCGAGAUCGGCUCCUCGCACGGCUCUUUCAUUAUCGCAAGGACACUGAAAUGUCACGACUAUCCACGGACGAAGACUAUGCCCUGCUUUACGCUUAUAUUCUGGUGACGGGGCAAUUAUCGGUCGAGAUUGAAGCGAUCAUGGGUGAAAUCAGCCGGCUCUUCGGGGUAUUACAUGAGGAUGCAGUGAAGCUGUAUUCCUAG